UAUUUGUUCAACGAAAUUUGAAAUCAUUAACAGAAAAAGAGCAUCAAAUAGAACAAUCUAUUAUCCUUUUUGUUCAUCUUGGGCUGCAAUCAACGGAUGCAUAUAAAGAGUCAAGACAACUUUAAAGUAAGGGACUAAAGAAACAAGAAUAAUAUUUUCUGUUCGGUUUUUUUUUCUUUCUUUUCACGGUAAAAGUGUUUUAUUUCAUUUCCUGUUUUUAUGUCACUAUCAUAAGAAACGAUAAAUUAUAAACGCUUUUGGAUUCUUGGUAUAAAUACAAAGAAGAUGAAGUGAUAGAGUUCGAAAAAAAAAUAUUAAAACAAAGAGAAAAUCAUGAUGAUAAAAAGGAUAGAGAUUUGUAUAGAGCUUCUGAAGAUAGGAAUGGAGUUCGUCGUACGGGUGGCGGAAGCCGUCCAGAUUGCCUGGCGGCAACACCUCAAUCACCGUACUCCUAUGCCUCCUCCGCCUCUCCUUCCCCAUGGCAUUUCCACUUCUUACCAUUCUCCAUUCCUCUUUGGAUUUCUCCCUUGAAUAAUUUUUUUUCUUCUUUUAUGGAACCUUUUUUUUUUUUAAUUAACCAGUAAGUGAUCCAAAGCCUUUCUUUUAUGAAACUCUUCUGCUUCUUUCUUUUACUCUUUUUUUUAUUUAAUUUGGAUAGACUUUUAGAUGUCGGUUUUGUUGAUUCUUGUAACUAUGUAAAUUACUUUUCUUUUGUCAAUAAGAUUUGCAGUUUUCUGUCGA